UGGGUUUUGAUGACCCAAUCCGGCAAGGAAAAGAGUACUUCUGCCUCAGCUCUCUUGUUGUCAAUUUGUGGGAUCUGAAAGGCCAACCAAAAAAAUGGGAUCAUACCACAACUUGGACGGAGGUUGGUUGGCAGAGUAUGGCCUUGAGGACGAGGACACUUUGGUGGAUUUCAUAUGGCCUGAUGCCACCGUUGCCAGUGCAAUUCUUGAGUUUGAUGUUUCACAGAAAAUGGAUAGCUUGUUGGAGAAUAAUUGCACAAAGAAACGGACAAGGGUGGAGUCCUGCUGUGCUGCUCCUGCAACCAAAGCUUGCCGUGAGAAAAUGAGAAGGAUUAGACUCAAUGAUAGGUUUGCUGAGUUAUGCUCUAUCUUGGACCCGAAGAAGCCGCCGGCAAAGGCGGACAAAGUUGCCAUUCUGAGUGAUGCCAAUCAUCUUUUGAACCAGUUACGUCUUGAAGCUCAGAAACUUAAAGAAUCAAAUGAAGCACUCCAAGUCUCCCUAAAGAAUCUCAAGGCUGAGAAAGUUGAGCUGAGAGAUGAGAAGGUGAGGCUCAAGGCUGAGAAGGAAAGGAUGGAGAAGAUACUGAGAUCCAUCAGCAUUGCACCUCAUUCUCUUCAUCCAGUUGCCUCAGUCCAAGCUGCAGCUUUCACUGCCUGCACAAAGGCCCUGCCAUAUCCAACAUAUAAUACUCCCAUGGGUAUGUGGCAAUGGAUACACCCUGCUGCUUUAGAUACUUCUCAGGAUCCAGUGCUAAGGCCUCCGGUUGCCUAGCUUUCUCGGUUCUUAACCUUUUUUCACUGGAUCAAAUGUUCAUAUAUGAUCAUAUAUUUCGGAUGAUUAUAUUCAAAUCUUUAAUCA